CGGGUUAGCGGAGCAUUAGCAGCUAAACCGAAGCGCGAGUCCUAAACCUUUCCGGUGAAUGUGAAUUAGGCCGAAGCAAGGCCAGGCCAGGUGAGGUGGGGUGCGCGCGCAGGUCGCCCGGGCCCGGAUGUUGGUCCGUCAUCCUGUCUGUAUCUGCGUCCCAGGAGGGAAGGAAGAACGGAAGGAAGAGGAGGAAGGAAGGGGAGGGUUCAUGAGGAAAAAGAUGAGAGCAGCGGGCUGUCAAAUGUUGGUUUGAUGAGAGCAGCAGAAAUGCGGAUCGCGACAUUGAACCGGGUAGUGGUAGUAAAUUAAGUAGGGACACGAUAUCGGAGCACUGACAGCAGCAGCCGAAGGCAACCGAGCGACGGGACGAGGCGUGACGACGGUCAGUGGUAGGCAGGCAGCGUUGCUCUGCUGAGGGAGCGAGCGAUAGAGCACAAGAGGAGGGGGGCUAUGGGGCGUCGUCGAGCAUCACGAUAGGAUUGGAUUAUCGUUCCCAGACAUGAGCAGCAACUAUGAACGUCGAAUUGCGUUCGUGUCGGUGGUGUAUCGUCGCUGAGGAUUCGCGCAGAGUUUGUUGUCGAUUGAUCUGCUCGUCCUCGCAGAUUGACCCUGCUUCCAAUUUAGGGUUUUCUGCUUCUGCUGCCCUUGUUUCUGCCCGUGCAAUCGUUGCAGCGGGCGAAAAGCGACUCGACGCCUCUUCCUACGAGGGUGUCAGAUCCGGAGCUGCAAAAGUCUGGAGUAGAUUGAAGUCCAGUUCAUGGUUUUGGACCACCUCCGACGAUUUUUGCCGCGUUCUACGGAGGCAGAGAGAUUUUGGUGAUCACAAUAGGAGGAGGAACGGGGUUUGAGGAGUUUAGGUGAAAUUAAAUACAACCUGAGACCAUUUCUUCCUGGGCAGCCUAAACUCCGCGAUAAAAAAUUAUCUAUGUUUGUUUGGACGAUAUAAAUCUGAGAACGGUACUACCGGAGUGGGUGCGAAUUUUCUCUGCAUGAUUCUAGACACAGUGGAGCAGAUGUUAACACCCAUUGUUUUUUUGUCAAAACCCUAAUUCGAGGAAACUUAUUUCAGGUUUGAGACCUGGAAAAUCUCGAGAAUUAAGUUCUUGGAAACUGUAACAGGACCUUUAUGUCUGGGGGUGCUGAUUGCAGCAAUUAAUGUGACUGAAAGACUUUUGACUCUGCUUUUAGCCCGCGGCAACUCCCAAUGCAAAAGGGAGGUGUAGGAAUGGGGACUGACUACGAAAAGAAGCGUACCUCUUUUCCCAACUUAGCUGCGGAGAAUACGUACUCGUCUGAGUCCGGCUCUACUUGGCCUCCCUCACAGUAUGAAGGUUGGAAUUACAGUAAUCGUUCAGAAUUUGGCCAGUUUCCCCCUUCAUCAGCAGCAGCCCCUUCCACAUCUGACAGUGACCCGAAUCCUCAAAGUGAAACAACGGCCGCGGCAGCUCCGCAGGUGUCACAGCCGUGGUUUGGGUACUAUUCUUCCCAACACUUACAUCAUCAGCCUCAGCAGCAAGGAGGACAAGCUCAAUCCAACCAAGGACUGCCGCCUUUACCUUCAGUACCUCCCCCACAACCACCGCCACCGCCAGAACCAUCCACCUCCUUACCUUCAUGGAGUGCCGUUGUUGCUGGGACAACAGAAACAAGAGCUACCGAGGGCAGUGGGUUUCCAUAUUCAACUUACUACAAUCAGCAACAUCAGCAUGGACAGGAAAGCAAUUUUGGAGGACAGGAUGGGCAAAUGAAUAGUACUUCAAGCUCUAGUGCUUCGGCCCCUGGGUCAAAUGCAAACUCAAAUGGGUCGCACAACUAUGGACAGGUGUACGCUGGUUAUACUUCAUCCACCCCUGGGGACCAGUAUUCGUAUGGAGGCGGAAACUAUUCCAAUUAUAAUUAUGGCUAUCCUCAGCAACAAGGUAACGAUUCUUACUCUCAGAACAUGGGGACUCCAUAUCAAAGUUCAGGUGCUGCUCCUUAUCCGCCUGUUAACUCCUUUUCGAGCACAAGCUCGUAUACAGACAGCACCUCCUAUCAGAGCACAGGCACUUAUUACAAUGCUGGUGUCUAUCAGAACACGGGAGGUUACCCAACUUCGAACUAUUCUAGUCAUCCCAGCUCUUGGAGUGAUAACAGCUAUGGGAGCUAUGGUGGCUAUCCUGGUUAUUCGGGCUACUCUGCUACGGAUCAAAGUAACGCAGCUGGUUCUGGGGCUGUAUCGAAUGCGGGUCAAUAUCAGCAUGAUUACCAACCUCAGUGGGCUGAAUAUUAUGCCAAUAUGCAAAAUAACCCCAACUCCAGUACGGAUACCAACAGUGCUCCUGGAACUGCCCCAACGAGUACCCCACCACCGUCAUAUGCAAGUGUAGUUGCUCAGGGAACAGGCACCCAGCCUGUAUCUGCAAAUUCUAGUCAGCCUCCACCACCUGGGACCCAGCCUGCUUGGCAGCCGAACAAUCAACCUUCUAGCGCAGCUUCACAGGCAAAUACAACAUCAACCAAAGUUGGAAGUAACUGGGAUCCUAUGUCUUUGCAUGCUUCGCAAGCGGAUUCUUAUAAUCACAAUAUGCAAAGUCAUUUUCAAGGCGGCCCCCCCACACAAAAUAGCAUGAGCAAAGUACAGUCUCAGCUAUCAGCUCCUCCUGGUUUCCAACAAGUGCAAAUAUCGCAAUCGUCGCAAGUACAACAGCCUCUAAAGCAGCAGACUCAGCUGGAUGUUCCUACAUCUCACGGAUUUCAAUCUCAAGGUCACCAGCAAAUGAAUUCAGGCAUAUCGCACUGGAGGACGUCUAAGAUGCAGAUCCCCAAUAAUCCGAGGAUUGCCUCCAACCUGGGCAUGGCUGGAAAAGGAAGUUUUGGGAUGGAAGGAGGCCCCAAGCCUGCCUACAUUAGUGUCGGAUCUAAAGCUGGAAAGCUGACUUCGGAUGACGUCACGGACGCUACACUUCAGCCUGGAAUGUUUCCACCCGCCCUCAGAGCUUAUGUGGAGAGGGCUCUAUCAAGGUGCAAGGAUGAAGCUCAAAAGUCAGCGUGCCAAGACAUCAUGAAGGAGAUGAUUACAACAGCAUCACGAGAUGGAUCUCUAUUUACUAAAGACUGGGAUACUGAGCCCCUUUUCCCGUUACCAAAUCUUCCAUCAGCAUCUACAGGAAAAGAUGCUACGCACCGGGGAAUGGCCCCUAGUGGUGGGAUGAAGAUGCAGAGUAGCCCAAAUAAACGAAUGAAAAGUAGGUGGGAACCAGUCGGCGAUGAUGAGAUGGAUGAUAAGCAUACCUUGGGUAACCGGGACUCGAUUAAGGACAGUCUGCGAGAUAGGCACAAGGAAAGAGAUGGAUCGGCCUCGCCUCCGAAGUGGGAAAAGCGAGAAGGGCUUUGGAAUAAAUCUAAACUUGUACAGCAACAACAUUCAGCGCAGUCGAAUUUAGGGAAGCGGACACGAAAGGUUCCUAAAAGAGGCCGAAGACUUGGUAGCUUCAAUGGCUACCAAGCUGUCAGCUCCAGUGAAAGUGACGAAGAGGUGGAACAAAUCGGAGGGGUUACAUUGGGAGCACUGACAACUGCCGAGACUCCAGAGGAGAAGAAGAGAAGGCAGAGUAGAACAAAACGUUUUGACCGAGGCAAGGAAACAACGGGAGGUGCUAAGGGUGUAGGAAAAGGUAAGGCAGGGGUUGGUGGGAGCGCUACUGCUAGACGAGCUACAGCUCUGCAGUUAGCCAUGACCUAUGGAGAUGGUAAUGGGCGAGCUGUAGAGGACAUUGACUGGGAUUCUUUGACAGUAAGAGGCACCUGUCAAGAGAUAGAGAAGCGAUAUUUAAGGCUGACUUCGGCACCUGAUCCAAGCACGGUGAGGCCCGAGGAUAUUUUGAGAAAGGCACUGGCGAUGGUGCAGAGUACUUCCAAGAGUUAUUUGUACAGAUGUGAGCAGUUAAAAUCCAUUCGACAAGAUCUCACCGUUCAAAGAAUACGAGAUGAACUCACAGUUCAGGUGUAUGAAACUCAUGCUCGAAUGGCAUUAGAGGCUGGAGACUUACCUGAAUACAACCAGUGUCAGACACAGUUGAAAGGGUUAUAUGCAGAAGGUAUUAAAGGUUGCAUCAAUGAGUUCGCAGCAUACAGCUUGUUAUACAUCAUAUUUAACCAUGGGAAUAGUCGUGACCUCCUGUCGUCGAUGGCAAGGCUUUCGAGAGACGCACGAAAAGAUGAGGCUGUGAAACACGCACUUGCCGUUCGAGCAGCUUUGGCAUCCGGAAACUAUACUUCCUUUUUCAAGUUGUACAGAACAGCUCCAAAUUUGAGUCCCUUUUUGAUGGAGAUCCAUGCGGAGAAGAUGCGAUUCGAAGCAGUGAAGUGCAUGGCCCGUUCAUAUCGCCCAUCAUUACCCAUAACAUUCAUUGCCCGCAGUCUGGGAUUUAUGGCAAUUGAAGGAGGGGAGGAUAAGGAGGCCGAUGGGAUAGAAGAGUGUGAAGAAUGGUUGAAAUUACACGGGGCUCAUCUAAUUUUUGACAGCGUUUCAAAUGAGUCAGUUUUAGAUACGAAGACGAGUGCGACAACUCUAUUCAUGCCAGAACCAGAAGACGCUGUACCACAUGGAGACGCGAAUCUGGCUCUCAAUGAUUUCUUUGCCCGAUCGUAGUAUCUAUUUAUAAGUUUCAAUAUUUCUCCCAUCAUUUUUCAAUGAAUGCUGUCCAAUGAUUCAGCGUGAGAGAGAAGAGAGCGGCAAAGGAAGAGAAUGCUUGGUGGUUCUGUAUGUCGGUUUGUUUCUCCACAAAUCUACGUUGGUUCAUAUUGAGAUGGUUGUAAUUGAAAGUUUUUGUGUAGCUCUUGAGA